AUGAUUAAUAGAAUUCAUAUUGAAUUAAAGGAUGAGCGUAUUAAAAAUAUAAAUGUUUUUAUCAUAGAAGAACAUCUUGAAAAUGACGUCAUAAUUGAUGGAACAGUUAUUUUUGAUAAAUCAUAUUCAGGACAGAAUCUAUUAGAAAAAAAUGUUUUUUAUAGACCAGAGAAUUUCUCAUUAAAAACUAACGUAAUUGAAAUAAGACACUCUUUAACUAUUUCAUUUGAUAGUUUAGAAUUAGCAAUUCCUUUAAUAAUUGGAAAUUCAAAAUCUAAAUUAAAAUUUUGUUAA